AUGGUCUUAAACCCCUAUGCUGUUUCAACCGCAGAUGAUACGAAAAAUGGAGACCAACCGAAAAACGAAGACAGUGCUCCCGUGAUGUGGCAUUUGAAACGAUCCGAAUCAUCCGCCACAGACUGUGAGGGUCCUUACACCACUGAACAGCUAAAACAGUGGAUGGACCAAGGGAAAUUCCGUGAGGCAAAAUGCAUCCUCGUACGACAGGUGGAUAAACCAGACGGCCAGUUCUAUAACAUCAACCGAAUCGAUUUUGAUUUGUACGAGUGA